UUCAGCUCUCAUGGUCUCUUAUUCCUUUGCCCCUAGAGUAUUCAGAUAAUGCUCCAGUUUUCUCUCCCAUUUCCUAGAAAGGUUUUCUAGUGAGAGGAGAUGCAAUAAAAAGAAAAACUGGAGAAAUCUGGUUUGGAAAUGCUCUGACCCAACUGGAAGAAAGGAUUUAGCCCCAGAUGAAAGGCUGUUUUAUUACGCUUUACUGUCUAUAAUUUUCUCGCUGCCCAACGCCACCGGAUGAGCUCCCUUAUCACUAGGCAGAAGCACCUCCAUUUUAAUGGAAACACUCCUUGGUGUCACUGGAUACCAGGCGACCUCCUUCCCAUAAAACCAUCCCGUUUGUCUUGUUCCCAUAAAACCAUGCGAUCGCUGGCACUCCUGCCUCGGGCAGCCGGUGAAGCCGCUAAGGAGCAGCUACAAUGGAGCCGGUUCUAUCUGCCCCCUGGAAGAUUAUCUUCCCAGCAAUCCUGUGCCUUGCAGAAACCGCACCCACAGGUCCCAUUAUCACCGAAGGAACCACUGCAGAAAUGAAGAUAUCACUCAGCAUAAGUGGUGAUACCGUCACUACGGUACACUGCGCUUUGCCAUUUGCAACAGCUGUGGAUGUUGCCUUAAUGGCAGCCCACAUCUCUCAAGGAUGUACAGUCAUAUUGACUCUAAAUGUCACAGCUCAUGGGGAAAACACAGUUGUUACUGCUGGAGGAAGUACCACCACCACCGUCAGAGGAAUUACUAGAGCCACCACUGGAGAAGUCGGCAACAAUGCAGUCGGCGGUGAACUUGAAGGCCCCAUUUUGGGAUGUGCUGCCCACACAACCACCCCUGACGUCUCCUCUACGGCUUUGGAAGGUUCCUCUGAAAGCACCUCUCCCAGCGUCAACAGCGCUGCUUCUACAACCCCCCCAUCUGCUCCCUAUGCAACUUCUCUGGGUCCUGAGAGUGUUGCUACAGCAACCCAAACUGGAGCUGGGUUGGAUGUUCCAGGAAGUGACAUCAGCUUCUUGGGGGAAGGCUCCCCUGGCCAGGAAAAUUUUGCCUCGACAGAAAACCCUGAGGAUCUGACCUUCCCUUCGAUAGAGAAUUUUACUGGCACCGUUGCUGUGAAAACUAACACCCCGCAGCAGGAAGAGACCACCAUCCCACCUGUAAAUGCCUCUCCCACUCUUAGAAAGCCCACGGUCCAUGCAGAAGAGAACACCACAUGCGCUCCCAACUGUGGUGCUUUCCCAGGAUGGGCCACAGUCCUCCUAUGCCUGACGAUGUCAUUCUUCAUUUUCAUGCUGGUUGGCUUCCUGUUUUUGUUUCCAUACUGGACAAAGGUUGCACACCCCACCGCUGUGUCGUGCAGCUCAGCCCAUCGAAUGUCAACUUAGCAGUUUCCCAGAAAGAGAGAGAGAGAGAGGGAGACUUCGCUGAAAUGUCAAAAUGAGUCGGCUGUGUAGCUGCUUUUCUAGAUGACGGGGUUUUUCUUUCUUUCUGUUUUGCGGCUUCGAUAUGUUUGCUUUUGAAAUAAAAAUCCCAGACAGUGGACAGUUUUCACCCA